UGGGUGUGUCCACUGUGAUGUCUGAUGAUAGCAACGAGAGAGUUCUAUCUCUUACUAACUCUUCUGAUGAGAGCGAUACAGAAAUUCAGCCACAGACAGCAAACGAAACUCUCAAUACGGCUGAGAUGACAUGGCCACAAUACACGUGGCACGGGUCAAUAGUAGCAGGAAGAAAACUACUAGCAGUGUGUGACUAUUUCGGUGAGAAAUUGGCCUGGUUUUUUGGAAUUACCACUCCUCGUUUCUCAUACGUGGUGGAAGAGUAUGAGAGAGUACAACUGGAAGAAGAGCUGGAAAGGAAGACUUUACAGAAGCUAAAAGAGCAAGCGGAAGAAAAGAGAAUGCAGAGACUGGUACUGAUGGAAGAACAAGCUGAUGAUCAAGCGCCUGACAGGAGACAAACUACAGUAUGAGCACUGUGUUUUGCCUAAUGCAUUAGACAUAGAUCUCCAGACAUAAUAAAUACAUCUAUGAUUACAGUAAAAAUUUGUAAUUUACAUAUUACUAGUAAGCAAUACCCUAUCAGGUGACUCUAGUUGGUUGU